AGGCCGUCUGUUAUCAUUCCGCGAGGAGCAGUCUCGGUGAACGCAUGUGCCGCAAAUUGAACGUUGAAAACUUUCGAUCGUUUCUUUUAACAAAGUAAUAUAAUAUUUUUUUAAAGUGAACUUGUGUUGUGCAUUUCCAGACAGAUAAUAUUUUAUUUUUCAAGUAGCAGCAGUCAAAAUCCAAAAUGGCGCACCACAGUACAUCAAAAGUUGCAAGCGGCGCAGCGGGAACAUCUAGUCAUAGUUUAAGAUACUGUUUCUUACGAUUAACAAUGCUCGUGUUGAUUUUUGGUUUAGGUCUACCGAGCGCGUAUGGGAUAGAGAAAUUAUAUCUAGACACAACGGAUCUGAAUAUACUCGUUGAUGAGAAUCGACUCUUUCACAUGAUACAAAUCGGAGAAUCCAAAGUGGCCAUUAUAUUAACAGCACAAGUACAGCAUCCGGACAUCGUUCAGUUUCCUUCACCGACAAUAGAUAUACCUGGCGCGAUAUACCCAAAUAAUACAGCAGAAAUCACACACGACAUCUGGGCAUACGGCAAGAGCCCCGGACAUUCUGAAGUCACUUUUAAUGCAACCCCAGCUGGAGCUGUCGACGUCAGUACGGUGUUCAUGCGAAUAACAGUCAUGCAUUCCCAAGUCAUCUCAGUAAUCUCCUACAUUAUGGGGUGGAUCUACUUUGCAGCGUGGUCCGUCUCCUUUUACCCUCAGAUUUAUAUAAACUACAAACGUAAAAGCGUCGUCGGUUUAAACUUUGAUUUCGUCGCACUCAAUAUAAUGGGUUUCACAAUGUAUUCCUUGUUUAACUGCGGAUUGUACUUCUCUCCAGAAAUACAGAGCGAAUAUUUGAUCCGUCACCCGCGAAGUGUGAACCCGGUGCAGCUGAACGACGUGUUCUUCUCACUGCAUGCAGCAUUCGCCACAUUGAUCACCAUCACACAGUGCUGCAUGUAUGAGCGUGAGUCGCAGCGCGUGUCGAUGACGGGUCGGUGCAUCUUGAGCGUGUUCCUGGUGGUGGUGCUGGUGACCGCGGGGCUGGGCGCGGGCGGCGAGCUGGCCUGGCUCGACUUCCUCUACAUCUGCAGUUACAUCAAGCUAUGCAUCACACUCAUCAAAUAUGUCCCACAGGCGUACAUGAACUACAAACGCAAGUCCACCGUCGGCUGGAGCAUCGGCAACAUCUUCCUGGACUUCGUGGGCGGCUCCCUCUCCAUCCUGCAGAUGACCCUCAACGCGUACAACUACAACGACUGGAUCUCCUUCUUCGGAGACGCGACCAAGUUCGGUCUCGGUCUCUUCAGCCUCAUCUUCGAUAUAUUCUUCAUGCUGCAGCAUUACGUAUUUUACAGAUUGCUUAACGAGAACGCAAUGGACGAUGACGAAGAUGCAGACUUACCACUUGAUAAAAAGGCAGUCGACUUACAUCUCGCUGGCCGGCUCAACCUCUUCACAAGAAGAGUUUAGUGGCCAACAGUCAGGGCUGCCAACAUCGCGAAAUUUAAAUCAGCAAAUAUAAUUCAUCGUUAACGAAUGAUAUUAAGAAACAAUUAUAGAAUAAAUUCCAUGAUAAAUUAGCAAGACAUCGGGUAAAAUAAUUUUAAGGCAGUUGGAGUUUAUAAAAUACGACUUCGCUUAGGAAGAGAAAUUCGCCGCCGUAACUAAACUUUUGUUUAAAAAGAACUGUCAAAACUUCAGUUGAUUCGUUCUUUUUUAAAAUUUAGAAAUGACAAAUUUAGAAUCUCAAACGAACGCAUUAAUUGGAGAAUAUCCAUAACAAGAAGAGAAAUCCCGUGUUAAAGUGCCUAAUAACUUUAUAUUCAAGUGCAUUGUGAACGUGAGAAAUCUUUUUGUUUUAUAAAAGUGAUAAAAAGCAAUAACUCGAAGACUGAAAACAGUGAUAUCGUGACAAUAAAAGAUUCAAUGAACUCUCUGAUGAAUACAUUGCGAAGAAGUCUUACUUAUCGUGGGUUUCUGAGACCAUAAGCUUAAA